UGGAUAAGCACUCAAGCCAUGAAAAACGCUGGUGGCUUGUGAGUUUGAGUCUUCUCUCCAAGAGCGACAUGACACCGUAAUGGUGGCCUGCUCUUGAUCGCAUAUGAAAUUCCACUUAUAACUUCAUGAAAGCCACCUUCUUCGACUCAAUUAUUCAACUUCCAUCAUUCAAACAUCCUGCCUUCUAUUAUAUAAACCAGCCUUCACUCUCGCCACCCUUCCAGAUCCAGAAAUCCUCCCGACAUGGAUUUGGACCUCGAUGAGUGGGAUUUCCUGUCUGAUGAUGGCUUCCUUGAUUUCAGUGAAGAUGGUCAGAAGAAGGUUUUCUUGGGAAAACAUUACUCCGAUUCAGUAAGCGUUUUCGACCCGGAUUACUUCAUUUGCCCUUCGCCCAGGUCCCUGAAAAGCACCGAAUCGCCCAGGAAUUCAAGGCUGCCAAAUCAACUUGUUCCUGUUCCAAUCCCAAUUCGAUUGGAACCCAGAAGUCCGAAUGAUGAGAUCGCGAAGGAAAUCAUCGCUAGGAAUCCUAUUGAGGUCCCGUCAGCUUCGGUUCAGAAAACCAGAGGCUCCCAGAUUGGGGGCGUGGAAGCUGAUCAAGACUCUGUCUCACAGGUUUUCUUCAAAAUGAAGGAAAACGAAUUCGUCGACAUGAAAAUGGACUCACCCAAGUCUGGCAGCAAAGGAAUGUUGCCUCCAAUUGAUACCAUGAAAUUCGAUGACAAAGGAGAAGCCAUGGAAAUCAUGAUCUCUCCCCAGCUCAAUAUCGAGAAAGGAAUACUUACCCACAAAGAAGAUCAGGACUCCAUUUGGGAACACAACAAAGAUGGGUUCAAUUUAUGGAAGUGGAGCUUCACAGGAAUUGGAGCUAUAUGUUCCUUUGGCGUUGCUGCUGCUACAGUCUGUAUCCUGUUCUUUGGUAGCCACCAAAAGAACAAACUCCACCACAACCACAAGAUUCGUUUCCAGAUCUAUGCCGAUGACAAGAGGAUCAAUCAAGUAAUGCAGCAGGCAAACAAAAUGAACGAGGCAAUUUCUGCAGCAACUGGUGUUCCUCUGAGCAGAGCCCACAUAACCUACGGUGGCUAUCACAAUGGUCUCUAAGAACCUUAAAAUAUUAGAUCAUAUCUCCUGGUAUCCUAUACGGUUCACCGAUCCUACACGUUUUUCCCUCGUGAUCCGUAGUAAAUUUAUAGGAUAUGUUUUGCAAUUUAUUAUGAUGAGAAGGUUGCCAAGCAGUUGAGGGGAAAUGGUAAGAAUGUAUUCUAUUUCCAAACAUGUUUUCCUUUCCGAAGAUACAGAUACCGAUAAAGUGCAGCAAGACAAAUAGGUUGAUGUGAAAUACUUUCUUGUUGGUUCUACUCACGUCUCGCGGACUGAAUGAGUCCAAGCUGCACACUGGUGAGAUGCCCUACACGCAUAGCUCUCAAGAUAUUUAUGAUACGGAACAGUGACACAGCUGUGAGAAGGAGAUGGAAUGAUCGUCGAACCACCAAAAAUAGAUGGGAUCAAGUGUAGGGAGAAGGGGUGUUCCAUCACACAAAUGGCACACGGUACUGUUGAUUGUGGCUGCAUCGUCAAAACUGGUGACGUGGAGGGCAAUGGAAUGGCAGAAAAGGCACGGCGAUAUCAUGGACCAUCUCGGGGUGCAGUGUACUUUGCAGGCAAGUCACUGCAUCGUAUAUCCCAUUCGGGUCUUUGUGACAUGUGGGGGUAUCAAUUAUUCAAGAUUCAAGAAAAGGUUAGGGCUCGGAACCCUGUGGAAUCUUAUUACCUAUUCCGUGUCCCCCUCUAAGAAGUCAAUCAUUUUGCUGCUUGCGUUGCGGCAUUUUUUUUUCUUUCCAUCCACUUGUCCCUUUUCUUUUUUCUUUUUUUUUUUGUCGGACCAUGAAGGUUAUGGACUUAAUACAUACUCAGAAAGUAGAAAAAUCACCUUAUUUUACUAUGGGACAAAAAAAAAAGUCAAGGCUUGCUAAUGGGCCGGGAUUGAUGCCAGAUAGUUGAUAUGGGCGACUAAAGCGCCAGAAUUGGGACUCUGUUGCUUUCAGAAAUCUGCUCCUGACAUGUUUAUUUCUUGGGCUGGGGGGCUAGGAAAUAGGGAAGUUGAGGAAAUACAUACGGCCCAAAAAUUGUCGGGUGAUGAUCAAGGCCUAAAAAUUACCAUUUUUUGAAUUGAAAGUUUGAUUUCUGGAACACAAAUUGUAAUUCGUACCUGGGAUGGUAUGUCUGCGGUCUGCCAAAGAGGCAUGCAUCAGAUUAAGAAUCAGAGGAUAUUCAGGUAAUUAAAAAGUAACGUAACUCAAAUAGGUGGGGCCCUAAAAGAGAGAUGGAUAUAGGAGGUUAGUUGAAUUGAGAAACGUGUAUUAAAGAUCAACUCAAGAGGGCAGGACAAGAACAAGAGCAGUAGGAUGUGAGGAGUGACCGAGAAGAUAAACAAACAGGGAUGUUGCCUGACCUCCCUGAAUGAACGUAAAAGUUUCAUCGUUAAUAUGAGCCUCUUUUGAGCAGGAAGCCGCAUUCCGCCUAACCUCUCAGCUUCUGUAGAGGCCAGAAUUAGGUUUUAGGGUUUGGGAAGCGAACAAGUGGAAAGCGACAAGCGUUCAAUCAAUUCUGUGUUCUGGAGCAGAGCAUCGCAUUCGCAGUUUUGCACCGCGGAUCUCCGCUACCUCCAAACCUAGUCCUCACCCCCCUGCCCUUAAUCUCUGAAUAAUAUACGUGCCAUCUCG